AUGGGAGACGUUUGGUUAUUAGAAUAUGAUAAUGCUCAAAAGUUGCUUAAUCAAGUUGCAACAGAUGUCAAGAAUUAUGAAGUACAGAUGCGAUCUAAUCCCUCGAUGGCAACAAAGAACAAUGCUACUGGGAUUAGAAGAGGUCUCGUCAAUGUAACGACAGAGCUCUCUAGAUUAAUGGAUACACUUACAUAUGGAAAUCUUAGAAUCAAUGAAAGAGAAUUGAUUCGAAGACGUCAAUUGGUAGAAUCACUAGUUACAGCUAAAAACAAUCUAUCUGCUGCCUUUGAAAGAGCUGUAAAUAAUACUUCGGCAAAAGACGAAUUAUUUGGAGGGGAUAGUGGAAGAAGACAAUGGGGAAAACCAAAAGAGACAGAGGUUACCAAAGAAUGGAAUAACCAACAAGUUUUUGACAGAAAUAAUCAUAUCAUGAAGGAACAAGACGAAUCUCUAGAUGUUUUGUCUCAAAGUAUCAUGAGACAAAAGGUUAUGGCUGAACAUAUGAAUGCAGAAGUAACAUUACAUAAUGAACUUUUGGAUGAUGUUGAAAUUGGAGUUGAAAGAGUUCAUGGACGUUUGGUAAAUACAAACGAUAAGAUGGAACAUCUGACAAAAAAUGCAGGAAGUACUUGCUUAAUUGUAAUUAUAGUAGUUUUAAUUUUGUUUAUUGUUGCUUUAUUGGCAACUGAUUCUGGUUGUAAGAUUUAUAAUGAUCCAAAUCAUUGUCCAUAA